CCUUCUGUUUACGUUACCUGGCAAGAUGGCGGCGCCCAGAGCGUUCCUGCACCUGGGCGCCCGAGAAUGGAAUGGGCGAGCCAGGCUCAUCCAUAGCAUGAAUGAUUUGGUGACCCCGGACAGCAGUCGGGAGAAGAAAAGAACGCUGUUGCAGUUCCUCUCAGAUCACUUCCAGGACAUCCAGACUCUGAGAGAGUACUUGCUCCAGAAACAGAUCUCAAAAGUCAACUGGGAGAAUCGGUUUCAGGACGAGGAGUGGAUCCGGCGAAAUAACCGUAGCCAUUUCCUUGCCGAGAUUCAGAAGUUCCAGCAUGUGCCUGUGGAGGCUGUGGAUGCCAGUGGCUGUGCCAUCAACUACCAGGGCCUGAGCAACCUCUUGCCCCUGAAGGAGCUGCGGUCCCUGUCCCUGCAGCGCUGCCCCAACUUGGACGACUGGUGCCUCAGCCGCCUCUACCUACUGGCUGGUUCACUGCAGGAGCUCUCGCUGGCUGGGUGCCCCAGAAUCUCAGAACGGGGCCUUGCCUGCCUCCACCACCUCCAGAACCUCCGCAAGCUGGACAUCUCAGACCUCCCUGCUGUGUCCCACCCAGGUCUCACUCAGAUCCUGGUGGAAGAGAUGUUGCCCCACUGUGAGGUCCUUGGAGCUGACUGGGCCCAGAGUCUGAAGCUGGAACCAGACAAGCAGCCUCCGGACACAUCUAGCCCCCUCUCUUCCUAGCCUGUGGCUCAGCUCUUGAAGGGUCUUGUGGGCUCUGUGGAGUGUCUGAAGUUGUCUCACACUUUGGCUUCUGGUGUAGUUCAUUCGGCACGGAGCAGCACGGGCAGAUAAGACUGAGUCAGGACUGACUCACUGCUGCCUGCAACUGGCAAACGUGUUGCCUGGGCAGACAGCCCUCCAUGCUGAGACAGCUGCAUGUGGCUCCAGUUUCCCCCAAACUCUCUCCAUACACAUCAACAGGAACUGUGGCUGACAUGAGACACUGCUGGCCUACAUGGACUAAAGACCAGCAGCACCCCAAGCCCCAUGGCAUUACCCAUUGAUUUACUGACCUGCAAAUGUGGAAGUCCGAGUGCGUCCACCCACCUCACCCCCAGAUGGCGAUGAGUGAGAAAAUAUUCUCUUCAUCUGGCACAACAGACUUCAUCAGUAGAGGGCGCGGGAGAGAAUCCAAAGAAGAGGACUGUGCGGGGACUUUAGAGUGUAGAGUGGAGCGGGGAUUCCCUGUGCUACAGGGCAGCAGUUCCCCAGCAACCACUGCAGAGUGGCCAGCAGCUUCCCCUGGCACUCCUAUCAACUAUGAUUGAUCCUGGCACCCAUGUUACCAGUGGCUCUGUCAUGACUCCAAUAUACUGGAAACAUGUGACUAUAUUAAACUCUUGCUGUUCACAUUACCCUGUGGCCUUUCCCCCCAGCUGGAUCCAACUGGAUCCAGAUGGCACCGAGUGCAAAGAUCUGGAGAGAAGAUUCAGGAUGGAUUUGGGAGGGCUGGGUCUUCGCACAUGAGCAUAGCAGUAAGUUCCUUGCUGAAAAAUAACAGGAUGCCAUAAAUCCUGUCAUGCAGGGCACCCCAGAUGACCUGUGGUGGGUUCCAGCAAGCUGCCAAGUGCAGUGUGCCCAUAGCUGCUGUACCGACAGCUGUGGCUGCAGAGAUGCAUGGGUGCUGGGGUUUGGGGGAGUCCCCUUGAGUGCUCAGAGAGAGGCGCAUGUGCCAGAGCUCAGUCAUAGGUUGGACCCAGCUUCAUCAUCAGGCCUUCACCCCUGUCCCCACCCACUCAAGGCUCUUUUGCCAAUACCAAGGAACCACCAGAACCAUCUGGUGAUGACCUCACCUGGACCCUGGCUC